AGUGAGAGCUUGCAGCUGCAAGAAGCAGGCAAUCAGCGGCAUCGUUUUCUAAACGCAGAAAACGGGAUACGUCGAUUGUUAUUCUCAAUCUGGAUAACAUUCAAAACGAAUAUUAGUGCGCAAGUUAUCAAAUGCGAAAGAUAUCGAUGAUGAUUUGAACUGGGAAACCAUCGAACAACAAAUCGAAACAUAGUGUCGUAGCACCUUUGCUACAAAUAACAAAACGAACAGAAUCUUGAAAACUUACAAUAAAAAUAGUGUUCGAUAAUCUAAACCCGAUAAUCUGUUCUUCCUGUGCAAGCGAUGCGUUGCUUAUCGAAAGCGAUUGUUUUAGGAACAAAUUAGAGCGUGAAAAACAUUUGCUAUGCUGUAGAAUGACGAUAUGCAUGUGCAAACCAUUAUAGCAAGAAGCAAAACAGGAGCCGGUUAUAAUUAGACAUAACAGUUUUUGCGCACCAAAACGCAUUUUCGCGGUGUAGAAUACAUCAACGAGUGAACUGCGGUUGUUCAAUCAUUAUAGGGGGAAAACAUAUCAAAAGAUGGCACAAAUUGAUUUAAAUGGAAGCAAAUCGACACUAAAUCAACCAGCAGCACUAGGGUCAACCACUUUCCUCAAUGAGAGGUCCAAACAUGAUUGGAGGGAACCGGUAGAGCGGCAACGUAACGAAGCUCCCUUGAUGAAGAUUAAAACGUAUUUAUCCGCACUUCGACCUUGGUCUUUAUCGGCCAGUCUAGUACCCACGUUGCUGGGAACGACUCUCGCAGUACGUGUCCAAGGGUUCCAGGAGUUUAAUUUUUUGACUUUCAUCUGCACCGUCCUGACCGCUGUAUCAGUGCAUUGCGCCGGAAAUGUAGUGAAUACGUACUAUGAUUUUGUCAAAGGUAUCGACGAUCGCAAAUCAGACGAUAGAACAUUAGUUGACCAUAUUCUCAGUAAGGAUGAGGUGGUUACUCUGGGGGUCCUAUUGUACGGUGCUGGCUGUGCCGGCUUCGCAUUGUUGUUGUAUCUUUCACCAGCUAAAUUGGAACAUUUGGCACUGGUAUACUUUGGUGGAAUGUCAUCUAGUUUCCUGUACACUGGAGGAAUUGGUUUAAAGUACAUAGCGCUCGGUGAUGUGCUGAUAUUGGUCAUCUUUGGUCCUAUUUCGGUGUUAUUUUCAUACAUGGCACAAACUGGUUACAUAGAAUGGGCUACGAUUUUCUACGCAAUUCCACUUGCACUCAACACGGAAGCAAUCCUGCACAGCAAUAACACACGAGACGCCGAAUCGGACAAAAAGGUUGGCAUCGUAACUCUGGCAAUCCUGAUCGGAAAAACCUGCUCGCAUGUUCUAUACGCCCUGCUGCUAUUCACGCCGUAUGUGAUUUUCGUGGUACUUAGUAUGAAAUACUCAGGUCUAUUCUUGUUGCCUAUGGUAACCCUUAAACAGGCUUUUGACAUAGAACGUCAGUUUCGCAAUGAAAGCACACUGCAAAAGGUACCACGUGAAACAGCGAAACUUAACUUGUUUUUUGGUAUUCUUUAUGUGGUGGCUUGCUUUUUAGCCCCGCAAUUGCCUUUCAUUACGCGCAAUUAAGAAGCGUUUCACUAUUAAUCGAUCUUCCAAUAUCAAUGGAGAUACCUAGCUUAUGCCUAGUUAAUGUUUUCUCAACCCCCUGUUAGUAAUUCUGUGUAUUUGUGCUCUUGCUACUGGCUAGAGUGUCAUCUUUAUAGCUAGUAUGUUUAAUAUUAGUUGCUAUUUAUUCUUUAAAAACGCAAAAUAUGCUAUCAAUUGAAAAGGAAAAACAUAUUGAGAAAUACUUUGUACUUGUUAACGUGAGGCAUUCGUAAUACAUACCACGCUUACUUGGAGUAAUGAAGUGACUAUGCUUUAUAUAAUAGUUUGCUCAUACAGAAAUAUGCAUUCAAACAGUCAGGUUAUGCCUUUCUUAGUAUUUCACAUGUUAAAUAGCAAUAUUCAGUUUAAUUUGGUUUUGUUUAUACUCAUUAUAAAUUUCUCCAACACGUUUUAGUUAGACUUUGUAGUGUUGCUGAACGAUAUACUUGACGCAUAACCCGAUAUCAAACUACCCCCUUCAAAAGAAUUCUCUUUUAGCCGCAUGUGUGUGUUCAAGUCUUUUUUAAUUAAACAAUUAUUCCAUCUUUAAGACCGAUACUUAAUUAAAUUGAUAGAGAGAGAUAUAUUUGGUCAACUUAUAUGACGAGUGUGUUUUACCGGUAUCAAAAGAAUCAUUAAGUAAUUGAACAUUUCGAGAGAUUUGACCAGAGAUAAGAUUCGGAUUCUAAAAUUUAAAGGUGAAUUUUUUUUUAUAAUAUUGUCGAUCCCAUCGUAUGUGAGAAUGUAAGUCUAGUUCUAACAAUCUCAGAAUAGCUCUGGUAUCAACGAAAUAAAUAGAGCAUAGUAAUAUAAGCAAGACAAUAAUAAGCCAUUUGAAGGAAUAUAAAACAAUAGA